AUGAAAUUUGGCUUGGAUGCACAAAUCACCAAACUUUGCUUUGAGGAUAUAUUAAAAGCACGUGCUAGCAUUGACAUACGGCUGCAGCAAGAUACUAACGCAGAUAUACCAAAUGGAAUAACUCAACACGAUUAUCAAGAAACUUGCAAUAUUUGUAAGAUUUAUUGUAAUGCUAAGAAUUUUUAUCUACCGUCGCAUUUAGACUUGAUCUCUCAAUGCACUAGUCAGGAUAUUCUAGCUCCAUUGUUUAAGUAUUAUUUACCUGAUUUAUUCAAUGUAAAAAUAUCCUUUGAAAUGCCAAUGAGAAUAAUUGAAGAUGCAGGCGGUACGGAUAAUUAUUAUAGUCAUAUAUUUCCAAAACCAAUCACUGGAAAAAGAAAAAAACGCGUAUUGAAAGAAUGGAAUCAGGCAUUAUACAACCUAUCAACACAUAAUACUGGCAGAUUAACAAACACUUUUCGCAAUUAUCUUCACGAAUUUAUUUAUGAAAACUUGCCAAAUUCGGCGAACGUCUAA